UCUAUUUGCUAUGAUCUUAGACAGAUAGGAUGUAUUUAACAUCUAAUCUAUUUGCAAGGACUUAAGACAGAUAGGAUGUAUUUAGCAUCUAAUCUAUUUGCCAUGACCUAAGACAGGGGGGAUGUAUUUAACAACUACUAAUAUAUUUGUUAGGAUCUAAGACAGAUGGAAUGUGUUUAACUUUUAACCUAUUUGCUAGGAUCUAAGACAGGGAGGAUGUAUUUAACAACUCAUAGAAUGAUAUUUAACAGCAAGAAGCAGCAGGAUCCAAUGCAGUCAUUUUCAUUCCCAUUCAUUGCACUAAAGGAUGUUGAAUUGGAGCAGCCGAUAUUUGGCGCCAACUACAUCAAGGGGAAGGUGAGGGCCCAGCCUGGCGGUCAAUUUGUUGGUGAGGCUAAGUUCAAACUUCACUUUAAAUCUGGCGGAGCCAUCGACUUCGGGCAAGCCAUGCUAAAGGCGGCCCAGAUGGCUUCUAGAAAUGUGGGCGUAAAUGAUGCUCCGCCUCCCUACACGCCACCAACCAGCGCUUGGUAUGCUGCCCCGCCCCCGGCCUAUUCAGCCAACCCCGCCGGGUAUCAGGGCUGGGUCCCGCCCACUCAUGUGUUUCCUGAUUCGCCCCCAGCCAACUCUGUGUUCAUGACGGAUGCCCCGCCCCCCUACCCUGGGAUUACAGGGUUUAAUGGAUACAAUGGAGGGGCGGGGGGCUGGCAGCCCGCCCCUCCCUCCAACCAGAUGUCUAGUGCGGACAGAAAAGCUGCUGAAGCUGCACAGGUUCAGGAGACUCCACCUCCUUACACCCCUAACGACGAGAACAAGAAAAAGGAUUAAACAGAGAAAAUAACUAAAUUUCGAAAUAUCUAUUAUAAAUAGUUAUUAUCGACUAACCCUUCAUUUAAAUAAGUCAUUAUCUUGGGUCUGAAUUGUCGUACAUUUACUGACAUUUUAAAUGAUUAGGACAUUUUUAAAACUUAAAAUUGUAAAAAUAUUUUAUAUUUAUGUUAACAAAUGGUGAUGUUUAUUUAUACGGUUUGAGAUGACUUUUCCAAAUUUUUCAAGAUUCAACAUUUUUAUUCUUUAUUCAAGUAAAUACAUCUUAAAGAUUUAAGAAAAUAUAUAAAUAUUUAUUAUUUGUCAAGAUUACAAUUGUUAUGAUUUUCGCUGUGAUAUUUAAUCUAUUUCAAAAAUAGUGCAAUUCAUUUAUUUCUUAACAGAUUACCAGAUUUAAAGUUAAAAUUUGGUUUCUAGGUUCUGGCAUUAAUUGCUGUUACUGUAUUGAAAUACAAAAAUUGCACUAUAUUUCUGUGUUUUAUUCUUUUAAUAUUUCUGUAUGUAAUUGAUCAUGUUUAAAUAUAUAUUUGGUUAAAUUAGACUUUAAAUAUUUUAUUUAGCUUUUGAUUAACAUAAUUAGUAGCAUAAAAAAUAGCAUAGGCAUAGGUAUUCCCCCCCCCCCUUCGCAGUUGGUAAAAAUAAAUUAGCCUUUAGAAAAAUUACUACUUUGAUUGAAGUUAUUUUAUUUUGCAAUAAAGGGGAUGGU